GGAGGAAAGAACACCAGCUAAAUAAUACAAUAUGGAAGGUCAAGUACCAAGAUUUAGAUUUCAAGGUCACAAAACCAGCCAAGUCGUUCAUGGCCUUGUCCGUCGCCUUUACACAGAGUCAGUUGUGUUUUACUGAAGCAACAGUGACAUCUUCAAAUAGAUAUGGUUUGAACGACACUAGGGCUAAAUCAGCUGGAGAUAGGGAGGAUACUAGAAUUAAUGACCAUACUGCUAGAUUCAAGGGACAAAUUGUAUAUGUGAAACGCUUAAAGAAACAAAGGAUUAAGAGUGAUAGACAGCUGUUGAAAGAAAUGAAAAUGUUGCUUGAUAUUAGACACACGAAUAUAACAUCUCUUGUGGGAAUGUGUACGGAACAAGGAAGCAUUUCUGUUUUAUGGGAACAUUGCACAAAAGGACGUUUACGUGAUAUUAUUGAAAAUGAUGAUAUAAAGCUUGAUACGAUGUUUAAGCUGUCUAUUGCUAUUGAUAUAUGUAGGGGUUUAGAAUACCUCAACAAAAGCGAACUUAAAUACCAUGGUAACAUGAAAAGCACAAACUGUGUAGUGGAUAGUAGAUGGACCUGUAAGUUGUCAGACUUUGGACCAAGGACUAUUUAUAAAAGCCUAAUUGAAGAAACUGGAAGUUGGAGAACUGAAGCAGAAUCUCUGUUCUGGACUGCACCUGAGCAUCUUAGAACAUGGAUUGCCCAAAAUCAGAAGUCAGGAUCAGUGCAGGGAGACGUUUAUAGUUUCGGAAUUAUUGCAAAGGAACUUGUUACCAGGGACACUCCAUAUGGAUGUGAAGUUUACAUGUCGUCAAAUGAAAUUAUAAGUAAGGUAGCAGCAACAACAAAAGUACCAUUUCGUCCAAAAUUUCCAUAUAUGUCGGACAAUAACCAGGCAAUGGAACAGACAAAAGCCAUACAAGCUUUAAUACAAAGGUGUUGGGCAGAGGACCCUCAAAUCAGACCAUCCGUUAAACGAGUUCUGAAGACUCUAAACACUAUAAGCCCUUUUAAGAAAUCAAAUGUGAUAGAAAACAUGAUUGUAAUGAUGGAGAAGUAUUCUAAUCAGUUAGAGGAACUUGUAGCUGAGAGGACAGUUCAGUUGGAAGACGAAAAACGGAAAACAGAUGCAUUACUAUAUCAGAUGUUACCAAGGAGGGUGGCAGAAGAUCUAAAGCUAGGUAAACCUGUUAAAGCUGAAUCAUUUGAGAAAGCUACGAUAUACUUUUCGGACAUUGUCGGAUUUACAACAAUAGCUGGUGAAUGUACACCCAUUCAGGUCGUAGAACUGUUGAAUUCGUUGUAUACCUUAUUUGACGACACAAUAAAGACUUAUGAAGUUUACAAGGUUGAAACAAUAGGGGAUGCGUACAUGGUGGUUAGUGGUUUACCAGAAAGAAAUGGCGACAAACAUGUCAGCGAGAUGGCGUAUGUAGCUUUAGAUCUUCUCCAUGCUGUUAGAAUGUUUAGAUUACCUCAUGAUCCCGGGUCUUGUCUACGAAUUAGAAUAGGUCUUCACAGUGGCCCAGUUGUUGCAGGAGUUGUCGGACUUACUAUGCCACGAUAUUGUCUGUUUGGUGAUACCGUUAAUACAGCUUCUAGAAUGGAAUCAAACGGGGAAGCAAUGAAAAUCCAUAUUAGUAAUGUAACAGCCAAUAUGUUGAUUGAAAAUGGAAUGUUUGACAUAGUGAAAAGAGGUGAUCUGAAAAUCAAGGGUAAAGGAGUAAUGGCCACAUACUAUUUAGAGGGAACAAAACAGGAUAUUUCUUCAAGUCAGCAAUCGAUCAAACUACAGUACUAUUCUCACCUUGGAGACGAACCAGAUCAGGGUAUAAAACAAAAAGAUUGUUUCAACACUAAGCCAGAUGUAUAUGUGAAGAUUAAUCAUGCUGACGAUUCCCAGGAUGAACAAUCUAAGCUUCCAUGUCUUGAAGGUUCCCAGGAUGAACAAUCUAAGCUGCCAUGUCUUGAUUUGAUUCCAGUUUCAAGUGUGAUACCAAGUAUUCAGUUGUAUAAUACUGUUCAUGAAAAUGUUAAUAUCUAAUGUUAAGGAUAUAAGAAAUAUCUGCAAGUAGUUCUAGAAUUAACUGUUUGUGGACUAUUUGUAAUGAAUCAAUAUUGAAAUAGUUAAAUUAUAUGGUACUAGAAAUCUACUUUUACUAUUCAUUACUGUUUUGUUACUUUAAAGUAAUUGUUGUAUUUAGGUACUUGUAUUUUAGAGUACUAGUACUUGAUUUGGCUAAUUUCUUUAUGUGGCUUUAAGAGCCAUUCUUAUCAUUUUAGCUAAUUAAAAUAAUUACUUACCGAUUGCCAAUUCUCUGCAACUUGUAUUGCAAUAUCUAAACACUUACUAAUACUAAUAAUUGAUAAAAUGUUCAGAACCUGAAUUCAUUAUACAUAAAGCUGUCACAUUAUCAACUUGAUUAAAAACAUUGUGUGUGCUUUUGCUGUUCGUGUGCUUAUUUGGUGUGAUGGGUGGAUAACUCGUUGUUUUCC